UCUCUCUCUCUCUCUCUCUCUCUCUCUCUCUCUCUCUCUCUAAACUCGCUCUCUCUUCUCUCUCAUGGAUCUUUUCAAUGGGGUUUUGAGUAUACUAGUGCAUGUAGCCAUUGCUAUAGUUUUGGUUGUGUAUGUGCCAAUCUCCUUGCUAUGGAGAUUGGCUGUGUUUGUGUUCGCAAGACCAUUUUUGAAAGAGGACAUGAGAGGGAAGGUGGUGCUCAUCACCGGCGCUUCAUCAGGCAUCGGAGAGCAAUUAGCUUAUCGGUAUGCAAAGAGAGGAGCAUACCUAGUGCUUGCGGCAAGGAGAGAGGCUGAGCUCAAGGCUGUGGCCAAGGCUGCAAAAAACAACGGAGCUCCUGAUGUGCUCGUGAUCCCUGCGGACAUAUCCGAUUGCUCUGAAUCCAAAAGGGUUAUUGACGAAGCCAUAGCUCAUUUUGGACAAUUGAAUCACUUGGUCGUCAAUGCUGGAAUUUUCUCGAGCUGUCUCUUUGAAGAGAUCACGAAUAUCUCUGCUUUCAGACAAGUCAUGGAUGUCAACUACUGGGGAUCCGUAUAUCCGACAUAUUAUGCCAUCCCUCACCUCAAGAAAAGCCGUGGAAAUAUCAUCGUCACAGCUUCCAUGGCUGGUCGACUUCCAACUGCGAGAUUGAGCUUUUACAAUGCAAGCAAAGGUGCACUUAUUAGGUUCUAUGAGACUUUGAGAGCAGAGUUGGGCCCUGAGGUUAAGAUCACCAUACUGACACUGGGCUAUGUUGCUUCUGAGCUCACAAGGGGAAAAGCUCUUCAGAAAGGAGGAGAGUACGGGAUCAACGAAGAAGUUAGAGAUGUUCAGGUUGGCCCUCUACCAGUAGGACACACAGAGAAGUGCGCAGAAGUGGUAGUCGACAGCGCAUGCAGAGGAGACACCUACGUGACAUGGCCGUCAUGGUACAGGCCUCUGCACAUGGUAAUGUGCGUCGCUCCAGAGAUCGUGGACUGGUUCUCUCGCUCGUUCUACGUCGCUAAACCUGGAAGCUCAUCCGGCAAGACUCUCAGCCAGAAGAUACUGGAGGCUACUGGAGCUAAGAAAUUCUUGUAUCCAGCUUCCAUUCGAUCAGGUGGUAGUGACUGUGUGUUGACUGACGAUCGGGGAAUUAAAGUGUACGUUGGUUGAAUGAGAGUAGGGAUCAGGUGGGGAUUAUUAAAUGUAUUUUAUUUUAUAUAAAUUUGAUUUAUCUUCCGUAGAGAGAGAGCAUUAAAAUAUUGAGGAAAGUAUUCAUCAUAUUGGUUAUUUCUAGUGUAACUAUUGCAGUAUUCAUGUACAAUGAUAACUGAGAAAAUGCAGAAUUCGAUUAAUGCAUAUUAUGAACUAUAUCGAA